AUGAGUUUCUUAAAUCAGUUAAAAAGUAAAAAAAAUAGUUUAUUAAGUGUUGAAACCAAAGUAACUACAGAAAGUGGUCUAGUUUUUAAAGAAAUAAAAUUAGCAGAUGGUUUUAAAAGACAAUGUUUGAGCGAACGAACUUAUGGUUUUAUUGUUGAUUCUAAUCCAGAUCUUAAUGCUGGUCAUGUAUUUGAGUUUUUAUAUUUUGGCUCACAAGAUAUUGCUUGCGACCCAAAUAUUUUACGUGCACUACAAAUAACUGAUGUAUUGAGUAUUGGUGUAACUGUACCUAAAUACAAUAAUUGUACGUAUAAAUUUAUUGAAGCCUAUGAUGUACCAUCAUUUAAUAUGAAUAAUAUUUUUAAUGAUUGCUUUUUAUACAUUGAAAAUAUUCGUCUAACGGGUCGUCGUAUAUUUAUUCAUUGCAAUGCUGGCAUAUCUCGUUCACCAACAAUUGUUAUAGCAUAUGUUAUGAAGCAUUUAAAAAUUGAUUUUGAACAUGCUUUCAAACUUGUUAAAGAAACCAGAUCAACUAUUAAACCUAAUGAUGGUUUUAUUUCACAAUUAAAAGCAUAUGAUGAAUGUUUAAAUAAUUGUAUCUGUAAAUAAAUUGAAAAUAUAUGUGUUUAUAAUUUAAUA